CUAGAAACGACGUCACACCAAAGAAAAAACGCCGUGUUUAUCAAAUUUUCCUGAUUCGAUUUUCUUGGGAAAAUUUCUGAUUUCGAGAAAAAACAAAAAUCCGCAAACUCGACGAUGAUCCUGAAGAAAGUAUGGGGAUCGGUGUGGAACCGAUCGAAUAGUGGCAAGGAUUUGGUGAAUCAUCAGAGAGCGAUCGAUGUUCCUCCUCUGUUAUUGUCUUCUUCAUCGUCUCUUGGUGCGUUUGAUCAGCUACCGAUGGAUAUUCUAGUCCAGAUACUGAUGAUGAUGGAGCCAAAAGAUGCUGUGAAAUUGGGCUUAACGUGCAAAGCCUGGAAAUGCGUAGCUAGUGGUAAUCGUCUCUGGAUAUUUUAUCUCCAGUGUUCUCAAGAGCCAUGGGACUCCAUUUUCUUCGCUGAAACUAGUUUGCGUUCUGGUUAUCCUCUCCGAAUGAUUUCUAGUCAAUCAGGAGAGUUGUCGUUUAUGCACAUUUAUAGUCAGAGGGCACAAGUUCCUGGUUCUAUCAUUAUUGAUGGUGGUUCUGGAUAUUGUAAGUUUGGUUGGAGCAAGUAUGCGUCUCCUUCUGGACGUUCUGCUACUUUUUUGGUGAGAUAGUUUUUGUACUAAAUGCGGAUCAUUAUUUAUAUUUACAAAGAUAGUAAGCUUGCGUCUUCUCUCUUGCAACACAAGAUAGUUCUUACUAGUUUGAUCGAUCGCCAGGAAUUUGGUAACAUUGAGUCACCGAUUUAUGCUAGACUUCAACAGUUCUUUGCAACCAUUUUCACCAGGAUGCAGGUAAAGCCCUCUAUGCAGCCAAUAGUGGUAUCACUACCUCUCUGCCAUUUUGAUGAUACUGAAUCAGCCAAGGCAUCAAGGCGGCAACUUAAGACUGCUAUUUUCAAUGUCUUGUUUGACAUGAACGUCCCUGCAGUGUGUGCAGUUAAUCAGGCUGUGUUAGCUCUAUAUGCAGCACGGCGGACAUCUGGAAUUGUUGUCAACAUUGGUUUCCAAGUCAUCACCAUUCUUCCGAUUUUACAUGGUAAGGUGAUGCGCCAGGUAGGUGUAGAAGUCAUUGGUUUUGGAGCAUUGAAACUCACGGGCUUCCUUAAGGAGAAGAUGCAAGAAAACAACAUUUCCUUUCAAUCACUCUACACUGUUCGUACUCUUAAAGAGAAACUGUGUUAUGUGGCUCUUGAUUAUAAAGCUGAACUUUCAAAAGACACACAAGCUUCAGUGGAAGUUUCAGGUGAAGGAUGGUUUACUUUAUCAAAAGAGCGUUUCCAAACAGGGGAGAUAUUAUUCCAACCACGUCUCGCUGGAAUGCGUGCAAUGAGUCUGCACCAGGCCGUCUCGCUCUGUAUGGACCACUGUGAUGCAGCAGGACUUACAGGUGACGAUAGUUGGUUCAAGACUGUAGUACUAACUGGGGGAAGCGCGUGUUUGCCUGGACUCUCAGAGAGGCUAGAGAGAGAACUGCAAGAUCACCUUCCUUCAUCUAUAAGUAACGGAAUCAGAGUAAUACCUCCUCCUUACGGCGUGGACACAUCAUGGCAUGGGGCAAAGCUUAUUAGUAAUUUGAGCAUCUUUCCUGGUCCUUGGUGUAUCACAAGGAAGCAGUUCCGUCGCAAGUCAAGACUCAUGUGGUGAAUCUUUCCUACCAUCGCACAGACCGAGUGAGAGGCAGGUUACAGCUGUUAUAAGGUACUUUGCAAGUCUUUAGAUAAGUAUGUAUAUGUAUAGAGUCAUACUUGAUUGUACUCAAAAGCCAUAAAGAACAAACAGAAAACCUUUUUAUAUACAUACAGUAUUUACGAGAGAUUGUUGAAACUCUUGGUGAUUUAUAUAUCCUAACCAUUUCACU